AUGAGGUGUUCUUUUGUGGUACUCGCUGCGAUUUUCGCACUUUCUCAGGCCGCGGUCCGCCGUGACGCUGCAGGACCAACUCUUGUCCUCCGCGACAACUGCAAGAUCAUCCCAUCCGGUGGAUGCUCCUGCGAUGUUAAGGAAGGCAAUGAUGAAAUCCAAAUCCGCGAGUACGACAGCGUUGACCAAUGUAAGAAGUCUGUCGAGAUGGCAACAGCUGAGAACAAGAAGGCAGUCAAUGCAGAAAUCCAACAAAAAUACGGUGACUUCAAGGACAACUGCUUCCCAAAACCAUCUGGAGGAUGCAAGUGCAACGUGGAUCUUGGGCAUGGUAAAGAGGUUGCCGAGUACAGUACUGAUGCCGAAUGCAAGAAGAGCGUUGAGUCAGUGACCGCUGAGCACAAGAAGGAGUUGAACGAGGAGAUUAAGGAGAAGUUCGGUGGAUUCAAGGAGAAUUGCUUCCCAAAACCAUCGGGAGGAUGCAAGUGCAAUGAGAAGGAUGCCAAUGGAAAUGAAGUGGUGACUGCUUACAACAAUCCAGAACAAUGUAAGGCUAGAGUCAAGAGAGAUGUUGGAGCUACUGUUCAACGUCAACCAGCCAAUAUUGCUAGAGCCAAUGUUAAGGAUGUGAAGCAAGCUCAGCCAAACUAUGAUGUUAGGGAUCCAGUGAGAGAGCGCGCUCAAGCCAACUACGCCGCCGUUGUUGAUGAGUUGAAGAACAAGUUCAAGGGAUUGAAGGAAGGAUGUUUCCCAAGACCAAAAGGAUGUCUGUGUGUGAUUGGAAAGACACCAGAAGGACGUGAUAUCACUGAUAGAAGAAUGAAGGAUGCGGAUUGCAAGUGCAAGGAGGGAGAACGUGGACCAGGAUGUCCAGCUGCUUAA